GACUGCGAGCGUCGCUUCGCCAGUCGCCUCUUCCCCUUCUCCACCACUGGUGAGGACGCACUCAAGAGUUUCGGUUCUGGUGCCACCAGCAGUCACGUUGUGAUACACACAAGCUCCAGCACAGCCUCAUCGUCCUCUUCAUCGGCUGCUGCUGCCGCAGCCACCGCCGCGGCAGCAGCAGCAGCAGGUCUCUUGCAGCCAAACUCUGGCUGGCCCAACUUGGAGAAGGUGGACGAAGGCAUGGGACGUUUUAGUGGCGGCGGAUCCUCGCAGACAGAUUAUCCGAGCACUAAAACCGCCGAUGCCUCCCCCUCCGCCUCCACCUCGAUUGAUGACAAGAGUGGGACUGAAGCGCUUGUGCCAUCUUCUGGUCAGGAGGUUCAGUCCCAGCCGCAGGUACAUUUGACCCCGUUCCGAUCUCUGUUUGCCGACCUUCCGCUGUACCAGGGCUACGGGCUGAUCGGACAUCACAUACGCUCCAUCACCAACAACCAGACAACCAGCUCGACUGGCCGUGGGCUUCCUUUGCUGGCGUCGGCCGGCGCAAUCUGCCCGGCCGAUGGGAACCUCGACGAUAUUGGUCCUCCAGAACUACUCAAGCCGUUCUGUCAAGCAGAGCAGCAGCAACAGCCGCAAAAGUUCCACCACCGCACAGUCACGAUGGUUUCUUCACGGCCAUCCGCCUCUUCGACGACCCUCACGACGUCCGACGACGACGAGACAGUGUCUUCCCUCUCAGCAUCCGCUGCCUACAACAAAACGGCAGGUUCGAGCAGCCGAUUCCUCGGGGCUCGAACUUUUCUCAGUCGCGCCCAGGGGAGGCUUUCUGGUGCAGCGCAGAGCGGUGAUCCCACCUCGUCUCUGGGUCCGGACCAGUUGCUGUCCACCCAGCGACCGGGCAGGGAUCCGUCCGGAGAGGCGAGGCACUCGGAGACCGCGCGGCGCAAGCCGGUGCCACUGCUGCUGUCAGGACCGGUGUCGGUGUCGGUGCCGGUGCCAUUGUCGGUGCCGGUACAGAUGCCGGUCUCGUUGUCUCUCGCCCCCUCUGCAUACCCGUCGCCGCCCGCCUCGUCACCUCGGGUCUCCGUCGCCUCAGCCGCUUCCGGCGGUCUCGGCUCGCUGCAGUUUUCCAACCUCACGGCCUCAACAUUGACACGCCUCCUGGAUGAGGCGACUGCCCAACUCUUCUCUUCUGGUAGGCUCACUUGA